AUGUCCAUUGCUGUUGUGGAGAGCUUGGUGGACAAGCUCCGAAGCGGCCAGUUCUCCGAUGCCAUCACUGCGGCCCAGCGUGCCAGCGACAUGCAGCAGGAGCAGAUGUGCUUGCGCCCCGAUGGCACGGUGAAGAAAGCCGAUCCCCACACGGCCUUCGUGUCUCCGGAGCCGCUGGUGGCCGAAAGGCACGACCCUGAGGACGAGCUCAAGAAGUUAAGGGAGGCCAGAAAGGCACAGCUUCAGAAGGAGAGCUUGUGGAAGAAACAAGGACAUGGUUCUCUCCAAGAGCUAGCUGACGAGAAAGCCUUUGUGGAGACAAUUGCGCCGCAUGAGCGUGCACUCCUGCUGCUGGAUGAUGGUAGAUCAGUUGCUGGCGAAGAAUGCCGAAAGGCAUUGGGCCGUCUUGCCCGCAAGCAUCUGGAGACUCAGUUCUGCUGGCUUCCAGCUGACCGUGCCUUCUUCCUCACACAGAUGGUGGACCUUGAGGCGCUUCCCACCAUUUUUGCUCUGAGCUAUGGGGAGGUGGUUCGGCCCAGUGCAGAAAAGCUCAAGGCAAUCGAGGAGCUGAAGGCUGCAAUUCGUGCUGCCGCGAACAAGCCGAAGCCAAAGCGCAAAGAGACCGAGGAGCUUGUGCUGUUUUGCCAGUGCGUGAAGAGCCUGGCCGGUGGCAGCGAGAUCUUCUCACAGAUCAAGGACAUUCUGCCAAGGAUUGGUGAGAACCACCUGGGCCCCUUGAUGGGCAUCAAGCGUCCAGCUCCCCGGCCAGUGGUCCAGAAGCCCAGUGCACCGCCUGUGGCGACGGCCAACCGUGUGAUCGGCAGAGUGAAGAGCUACAAUACCCGCAAAGGCUUUGGCUUCAUAACCGUGCCGGACUUUCCACGUGACAUAUUUGUCUACAACUCCCACCUCAUCGGACGAAUCGGACUCCUGGCCGGCGAGACCGUCUCUUUCGACCUGGUCGUGGAAGGCGGCCGGCCACAAGCACGGAAUGCCCGGGGCCUGCCCGAUUGCUUCGUGGUUUAG